GAGGAACUAGCCCGGCCUGAGCACACACACACAGCACCUCCGACUCCGAACAGGCGCUCAGUUUACACCGUAGUAAUUUAUUUUUUAGUCGUGGAUAAGAGUGAACUUCAAGGGCACAAUCUUGAGGUUUACUCCGAAACGGACACAUAUCCCUCUGAGUAUAAUGCUGGGGAAACGGGAAGAGACACAACCGAAGUCUGUUGCUCCUGAGGCGCCCAAGGAAACUACAGUGCGACCGAGAAAGAGGAAGGCAGAUGUUGCCAUUUGUUUACAAGAUCUGGAUGAUGAGGAGGUAGCAGAGAUGACGAAGAAGAAACAGCGUGAUUGUGAGCUGGGCUGGAGUCCUGAUCCUGGUUACACAAGUCCACACAGGUGGAUCCCCACACCCGAUCAGGAAGAGGACCAACCAGUUGCUCUAAUAAAUGCAGGCUUCCCCCACUAUGUCUUUAACAACAUUUUUGCCACCCCUGUGCAUUGCGCCCCACUCCCCGCACUGUGCUGGGCCAGUAAGGAUGUGGUGUGGAACAACAUGUUGGAGAAGGAUAAGAACUACACCAAGGAUGUUCAUAUGAUGGACAACCACCCUCAUCUGCAGCCCAAGAUGAGGGCAAUUCUCCUGGACUGGCUCAUGGAGGUGAGUGAGGUGUACAAACUGCACAGGGAGACAUACCACCUCGCUCAGGACUACUUUGAUCGCUUCAUGGCUACACAGAGAAACGUGUUCAAAACCACACUGCAGCUCAUAGGCAUCACCUGUCUCUUCAUUGCUGCUAAAGUGGAGGAGAUGUAUCCUCCCAAGGUCCACCAGUUUGCCUAUGUUACAGACGAAGCGUGCACUGAAGAUGAGAUUCUCAGUAUGGAAAUCAUUAUUAUGAAGGAGCUGGACUGGAGUCUCAGCCCGCAGACUCCCAUCUCCUGGCUCAAUGUUUACAUGCAGGUGGCCUACCUGAAAGAGACAGACGAGCUGCUCAUCCCCAGAUACCCACAGGCUACCUUCACACAGAUCGCAGAGUUGUUGGACCUGUGUAUGCUCGAUGUGCGUUGCCUUGAGUAUUCCAGCGGCAUCCUUGCUGCUUCUGCCCUGUUUCACUUCUCCUCUCUGGAGCUGGUGGAAAACGUCUCAGCUCUGAAGAGGGUGGAGGUAGAGAAGUGUGUGAGGUGGAUGGUGCCAUUCGCCAUGGCACUGCGGGAGCUCGGUGGGUCGCGUAUGAGAACAUUCACAGGAAUCCCUGCAGAUGACAUGCACAACAUCCAGACCCAUGCCUCCUACAUUGCAUGGCUGGACAAGGCCUACUCUUACCAGGACGUGGAGUUGGAGCGUCACAGCAACUGUCCAGUCCCGUCAGGCGUCCUGACUCCACCCCUGAGCAGUGAGAAAACUGAAGAGUUGGUCAGAGUGGAUGCCUCAUUGCUGAAAAUCCGACCGAGGAUGCGUACGGCAUCCCCGCAACGGCCUCUUCCAACAAACAUGGAAACUGACAAAACGACAACAAAUCCUAAUUAGAUUUUUACGUUAUAGCCGUAAAGUGGGGUAUAAAACUGAUUCUGCAGUACCAGUACACAUGUGUAUUGUUGGAUUUUCAGUGGGGAUAUGUUGAUGGAAAUAGUAUUUUCUCCUUUCAAAGUCAUGCUGAUUUCUUGGAUCCAGAUGCUUUUAAAUGUCUGUCGUGGGCGCAGGCACUGACUUUGGUUAAAGUGGGGAAACACUGACACACAGUGAGCAAAUAGAUUGCAUGGUCCCUGUCCCCACAGGAUGCCCAUUUCAGCCUCUGGUUUGGAGGAAAACACAAAGCAAAGGACUGUUAGGGAUGGGACAGCUCAGAGGAAUUUUUAUUUUUGAACCCCAUUGCAGACAAAUGCUUGCAUUAAUUGCCAACCACACCUACAUGUAGUGGCUGCCAUUUUUAAUUUCUAUGCAGAGGCCAAAUUUAAUGGACUUUUUAUGGAGUCUCUCUUUAAUUUUGUGUGUGUGUGUGGUAAUUGUGUGUGAUUGCUGUUUUUUUUUAAUCUAUUAGUGGCCUCAUUUGCCCAAAAACUAUUCCUAGGGUCAUAUUUGGCUCUAUGUGCUGCUAUAAAAGUGGGCUUUGCAUGAUGGAGGGGGAAGAGUAUGUGUGUGUGUGUGUGUGCGUGCGUGCGUGCGUGCGUGCGUGUGUGUGUGUAUAUAUGAAAUGGUGUGUUCUUGUUUUUGGUUCUACUCUGUCCUUUUUAUUGGACAAAUCAUGGCCAUGUUUUGCUAAGGGACCAGUAGCUUGGCUACCGAAAUGGGCAAGUGAACCAGCCAGGCUUCAGAAGCUAAAGUAUUGAUUGUAUUUAACUUUUAUUUUAAUCCCAACCUGCCGUUUGUUUCCCCACCACCAAAAUGUUAGAUUUCUAUUUGACUCGUAAAAAUAAAAUGCUGCUACGUAUUUUCCAUUAAAGACAG